CAGAGAUGGGAUUCUCAAACUCCUCAUUCCCAUCCAUACGUCGAUCCUGCUCUGUUUCCGGACAGAACUUUAGGAGAAGCUUCAAACUACUGUCGAAAUCCUAACAACGAUCAGAAUGGGCCUUGGUGCUAUACCAUAGAUUCGCUCCUAAUCAAAGAAUAUUGUGAUAUACCAUUUUGUGACAAAUAUGCCACAUCACCAUCGCCUUCAACAACACCAUCGUAUAGUACACCAGUUCCUACUGGAACAACCGGAUCCAUUCAAACCAAAUAUGGGCCCUAUUACAUUGAAUCCUUAAAUCUCCC